AUGCCGGAGAACCUCGAUACCAGUCAAAUCAAAAGCUGGCGCUCAAUUGUCACGCUUGUAGUAUUUGUCCUAACAAAUAUCACAGUGCUUUUCCCCUGGCACAUACCGAUAUUUGUUCCUCUGCCGCUUGCGAAUGCAGUUCUCAACACCCUCAGAAGCUGGCGCGUAAUCGGCCCGCCAGACAACCGUUUUGACAAUGAAGGCAAGGAUGGUGUACCUCGCAAGGUCGGGUAUUUCGUACGGCUGCAGUUCCCCAUGAACUUUGUAACGGCACCUUUCGUAGCAGAUCUCUUCCUGCUUGCCAUUUCUGCUAUUGGUCGACAGGAGGUGCAUGAUGGUACAAUUGGGGCGAACAACAUCUCCCCCGUCGACAUCAUGAUAUUUUUCCUUACGUUGGCCUACAUCGCCAUUUCGAUCGACGCAUCCGGUCUGAUCAGGUACCUCGCAUUCAGGGUGCUUAAGAAAGGUGGCAAGGUCGGACACCAACUCUUCUUCUACCUCUAUGCCUUCUUUUUCGGCCUGGGAAGCUUCAUUGGCAAUGACCCUAUCAUCCUGUCCGGCACAGCAUUUCUUGCUUAUAUGACACGAGUUUCGAAGAACAUCAUGCACCCCCGAGCGUGGAUUGUCAGUCAAUUUGCCGUCGCGAACACUGCUUCAGCAAUCCUUGUCUCCUCUAACCCAACCAAUCUCGUACUUGCGGGGGCCUUCAAGAUCAAAUUCAUCAAUUACACCGCCAACAUGAUCGUUCCCGUCGUUGUCACGGCCAUCGUCCUAUUCCCGUUCCUGCUAUACGUCGUCUUCGCCGAUGAGCGACUUAUUCCAUUGUCGAUUGUGACCAGGGAGCUUCCGGACGAAUUGAAGACUCAGACGCCCCGCAACCCCAAUAUCCCUUACGCCAGAGGCAACGCUGAGGAAGCAGUCAUGACGGCCGCUUCUAAUGAGAAAGGCAAGCUUCUCUUGCUGGCAGAGAUUAUGCAUCCUUUCCUCGAUAAGAAGGGCGCAACGUUCGGAGCGGUCAUCAUGGCAGUCACGCUUAUCACCCUUCUAGCACUCAACGCAGUGAGCCAAAGUCAAGGGGAACAUCCCGUGUUUUGGGUGACUCUGCCAGCUGCAUUCGUCAUGUUUUGCUGGGACGUCACAUUCGGCUUCCUCAACCGCAAGCAGACGCGCGAAAACGCUCGCCAAGGGCCUCUGGACGUUGAGCCGGCCGGCAGCGGAGCUGAGAACGGAGAAGUACAAGAAAAAUCUGGGCACGAAGAACAGGUCGAGAAAGAUGACCUGUCUGAGUCGACAGGUCCAACCACGGCUCAUUUGGAGCAUCCAUCGCCUCCCGGUUCUGGUCUGACCGUAUUUGGCAGGGGCAGCAAACCAGCUUCUGCGUCCCCGUCUAUACAUGACUCCUCAGAUUCAAUGCUCGUUCCUCGGGACGACCGAUUUGACCGACUAUCCAUUGGGGUAAUCGGAACGACCGAGGAGAAGGGCAAAUCGGUCCACGUCGACUCCUCAAGUAUACCACCUCGGACGCCACAAGACGCGACACACGUGGAACUGAUUGAUGAGCAGCCCAGCACUUCCGAGCUUGAGCUUGAGGUGGCGUGUCGUCAGAACCGUGAGAGGGCGACACUUGUCUCGCUUGUCAGCGAUGGAUAUCGAUGGUUACGGAUAUCGUUCCCCACCGUGACGGCCGUGGUGGCGCACUUGCCAUUUAUGCUUGUGCCGUUUGCUCUGUCGAUGUUUGUCCUAGUCCAAGCAUUGGUCACGAAAGGCUGGGUGCCGGUGUUUGCCCAUGGGUGGGACCACUGGGUGAACAAGACCGGAACAAUCGGCAGCAUUGGUGGCAUGGGGUUCCUCUCUGUGGUUCUCUGCAAUUUUGCCGGCACCAACAUCGGCAGCACCAUUCUGCUGUCCCGCGUCAUACAGGCUUGGGAAGAGAUUCACCGCGUCAAUGGAGUGCCUCUGUCGGAUCGGACCUUCUGGGCAACAGUGUACACUAUGGCCCUGGGUGUCAAUUAUGGCGCCUUCAGCAUGGCAUUUAGCGCGUCAUUGGCUGGGCUGCUGUGGAGAGACAUUCUGGAAAGAAAACACAUCACCGUGGGCAGACUCGAAUUUGCGUGGUGGAAUCUUCCUAUCAUCGCCAUCGCCAUGGCUGUCGGCUGUGCCGUCCUCACUGCGGAGGUGUAUAUCAUGAGAGACGAUUCUCCUUACAAAAGUUGA